GUGAAGUGCAUUUUAGAGCUGCCGAACGCAAAAAGGAAAAUUUUUAGUUUUAUUUGCGUGCAAUUCGACUUUUAAUUUAAUUUUGGGCCCCAAAAACGUGAAAAACAAAUCAAAUGGAGACGCACCGGGAAGCGAUUCAAAAACAAAUCCAUCAAGAUUGGGCCAACCGGGAGUACAUCGAGGUGAUUACGGCCAGUAUCAAGCGAAUUACCGACUUCUUGAACUCUUUCGACAUGAGCUGUCGGUCGCGACUGGCCGUUCUGAACGAGAAGCUCACUACACUGGAACGGCGGAUCGACUAUCUGGAAGCGUGCGUGACCAAGGGGGAAACUCUGCAAUAGUUACAUUUCUCCGUGCUGGGGAUGAAGGGUUCCGAAGUGGAAACCCGUUUGGUAAGUGAGAGCUAUUAUAAAGUAAGAUUUAGAUUUCUAAGGAAAAUAUUGUACGCGAGGUAGAUCAUAAAAAAUAAACAUUCGAAAUUCUAUA